AUGAAGAUAUCUACUUUGUCGUCUACAGUGGGUCUUCUAGCAGGUCUUGCCAAGUUGGUCGCUGCAGACUGUUCGUUAUCCAAUGACGGGAACUACUACUGUGCCACAACAAACGCUAUCAUAUACUCAAACGUCGGUGUCUCGGCCACAUACAAUGAUGUCACUCUGAUGGAUGAAACUACCUGUGCGUGUUCGUCCCAACAGGUGUCCUUCUCAGGCAGUUUGGCUCCUUUAGAUGAGGAAUUGUCCGUCCAUUUCAGAGGUCCAGUUAAUCUGAAACAGUUUGCCGUCUACUAUCCUGCCAACGGCGCAAGCUUGAAGAAAAGAGACAAUGUCGCUGAAGAGGAAUGUGCGGAAAUCGUUACUAAGAGAAAGCACCGUCAUAAGAGAGAUAUUGCAGUGGAAUACGUCGAAGUUACUGCGACUAUGUACGUCGACGCGGAUGGUCAAACAGUGACCACUGGUACUGGUGAACAACAACCAACCACCACGCAGCUAGUAAAUGACAUUAACGUCGCUGAACAGACCCCAACUACUACGCAGCAAAACACUGUCGCCACCGAGCAGACUCCAAUUCAACAAACCACCCCAACUACCACAACUCUUUCGAACAACAACUACCCACCAGCCACUACAACAGCACAACAGCAAGAAACAACCACAGCAAACACCAUUGCAACCACUGCGACUGCUCCAUCAUCCUCUAACACCAAUGGUGGGUCUGUUGCUGUUGGCUCUUGGGAAAGAACCAGUUACUUCACCCCAGGCUCCACUAGCAACUGUACCUUUAUGAACAACCAAGGUGGUACUGCUGGUAGUGGUACAUGGUCCGCAUGCUUUGGUAACUCCAUCUCAUAUGCCGCCUCGAACGGUGUGGACGGUGCUGGCUCCGCAAUUGCUCUGGAUGAUGUUACGUUGAAGUCUGGCCAAGAAUUCAUGAUCUUCUCCGGUGCUACCUGUAACGGUAACGAAUGUGGAUAUUACAGAGAGGGGAUCCCAGCCUAUCAUGGGUUCGGUGGUAACCAAAAGAUCUUCGUCUUUGAAUUCGAAAUGCCAUCAGACACCAACGGUAACGGGUAUAACCAGGACAUGCCUGCUAUCUGGUUAUUGAAUGCCAAGAUUCCAAGAACUCUACAGUAUGGUAAAUCAGAAUGUUCAUGUUGGGAAACCGGCUGUGGUGAGAUGGACUUGUUCGAAAUCUUGAGUAACGGAUCUAACAAACUGAUCUCACACGUCCACGAUGCUCAAGGUGGCGGUACCCAGGACUACUUCCAAAGACCAAUCGGCAACACUCUAAAGGCGGCUGUUAUCUUCAACGGUAACGACAAAUCUAUUCACAUUGUCGAGAUUGAUGGUGAUGUGGGCGCCACUCUAGACCAGGCUACUGUUCAAUCGUGGCUGAGCAAGUCUGGCUCUGCCGCUGCUUUGCCAUGA